CUUAGCCUGCCUGCAUUCAAUUAUAUUAAUAAUAGUGAAUACAGAAUGGUUAAUCCCAAAAGCAUCUCAGUUUUGCUCCUUCAUUCUGCGCUUGCCUUUCUCUCGGUUGAAAUUGCUAAUGCCCAAGGCCUGAAUCCACACUUCUACAAAUCGACAUGCCCGAAUGUAACACACAUUGUGAGGAAAAAGAUGAAUGACACCAUAACUCGUGAUAGAACCCUAGCAGCUCCCUUGUUGAGAAUGCAUUUUCAUGAUUGCUUUGUUAUGGGAUGUGAUGCUUCUGUGCUGCUAGACUCCACAAAUGGCAAUAAAGCUGAGAAAGAGGCCAUCCCUAACCAAAGCCUGAGGGGCUUCGAGGUUAUUGAUGAGGUGAAAGCAGUGUUAGAGAACCAUUGCCCCGGCAUUGUUUCUUGUGCUGACAUUCUAGCCCUCGUUGCCGAACGAGCGGUUCGCCUGACAGGGGGGCCAUCAUGGCAAGUUUUCUUGGGGCGUAGAGAUGGAAAAGUAUCACGCGUCACUGAAGCUGUGAAAAACAUUCCAUCGCCUCUUUCCAAUAUCACAGUUCUGAAACAAAAUUUUGCUGACGUGAAGUUGAAUGAAACCGACCUUGCAGCUCUGUCAGGGGCACACACCAUUGGGAGGGCUCAUUGCUUUACUUUUGCAACACGUUUGUACAAUUUCACGGGAGAGAACGACAAAGACCCAAGCUUGGAUCGAGAGUACGCACGUAAGCUGCAGAGCGCAUGUCCGCCGCAGGCGAGCAAUGCGACCAAAGUAGAGAUGGAUCCCGGGAGUUUCACAAGGUUCGACACCGCAUACUACAGCGGUGUCGCGAAACACCGAGGGGUGCUGGGGUCGGAUGCCGGUCUCCUCAAAAGUGACAUCACAAGGAAGUAUGUGCGAGGUCACGCCUCCGACUCCUCCAGUUCCACCACAGCCUUCUUCCGAGAUUUCGCAAAGUCAAUGGUGAAGAUGGGCAACAUUGGCGUCCUCACUGGCACUCAGGGCGAAAUCAGGAAGAUAUGUUCCCGCAUUAAUAAUUAAUAAUUAAUCAAUUCUACUUCAUGCACAGAAUGCAUGAAAUAGAACUAUAUAUACACGCGGUAUAAUACGUACUCCCUCCGUCCCUUUUUAUUUAGCAAAACUUUACUUUUCAAAUCAAUGGAUGUUAAACUUUGAAUGAUUAUAUAUUUAUACGUGGUUGUAUUGAUAAUGAAAAUCA